AUGAAUUGCAUUGUUAAAGCUGUGAGUUGUAAACUUAGAUUGCAAAUAAGAUUAUUUGCUUUAAUGCAUAGUUCGAUGUUUCUGUGUAGACUCCAUUUUUUGCUAUUGUGGCAUGGCACUGGACCUUAAAUACUCAUAUGCUGGAAAGCACUGGGUAAAAGCAAGAACUCGUCAAAAAAAACCCCAAAAAACUGAAAGGUUCACGUUAAGACAGGAAACAUAACAGUUAUAAACUUCAGCUCCAGGGAACCUCAGAAAAUCGGUUCUAAGACCUCUGAAUCCUGAGGCAUACAGGUUUCAUCAUACAAGUAUAUCACAAAUGUGCAGCUGCAGUAAGACAAUUAGUGAUGAAAAAUACCAAGACCCUUUUCAGCUUGGUAGAAAAGACUUGAAGAAUCUCUAUGAGGAUAUUAAAAAGGAAUUACUUAUAUCUACGGCAGAACUUAGGGAAAUGUGUGAAUAUUACUUUGAUGGGAAAGGAAAGGCCUUUCGACCAAUGAUUGUGGUGCUAAUGGCAAGGGCUUGCAACAUCCAUCAUAAUAAUUCCAGGGAGAUGCAAGCAAGCCAGCGCUCUGUGGCCAUAAUUGCAGAGAUGAUCCACACAGCUAGUUUAGUUCAUGAUGACGUUAUUGAUGAUGCAAAUUCUCGGAGAGGAAAAAUGACAGUCAAUCAAAUCUGGGGAGAGAGGAAGGCUGUUCUAGCUGGUGAUUUCAUCCUCUCAGCUGCUUCUGUAGCUUUAGCACGAAUUGGAAACACUACUAUCAUCUCUGUUUUAACUCAGGUGAUUGAAGAUUUGGUGCGUGGUGAAUUCCUCCAGUUGGGUUCCAAGGAAAAUGAGAAUGAAAGAUUUGCUCACUACCUCGAGAAGACUUUUAAGAAGACUGCGAGUCUUAUAGCAAACAGUUGUAAAGCAGUUUCUAUUCUAGGCUGCCCUGAUCCCAAAGUUCAUGAGAUUGCAUACCAGUAUGGGAAAAAUGUUGGCAUAGCUUUUCAGCUAAUAGAUGAUGUGCUGGAUUUUACAUCAUGUGCUGACCAUCUGGGGAAACCAACAGCAGCAGAUCUCAAGCUGGGAUUGGCCACAGGCCCUGUCUUGUUUGCUUGCCGACAGUUUCCAGAAAUGAAUGCUAUGAUAAUGAGACGAUUCAGUAAGCCAGGAGAUGUUGAACGUGCUCGGAAAUAUGUAUUGCAGAGUGACGGUGUGCAGCAAACAACCUACCUCGCCCAACGCUACUGCCACGAAGCUACAAGAGAGAUCAGUAAACUACGGCCAUCCCCUGAAAGAGAAGCCCUCAUUCAACUGACAGAAAUGGUACUCCUACGAGACAAGUGAGAGAACUCCUUCCACUCAUUUGGGCAGCUACUUACCAGACUGUGCCUAAAUUUACUUUGAAAGUUAUUUGCUUCCAAUACAGGCUACCAAAAACAAUUUUUUUAAAAACUUUUUUUGGAAAUUCCUUUUUUUAAAAAAAAAAAAAGAAGUUAAGUGUUUUAUUGUAGGAAGCCAUACAACUCAAAACAAAUCAAAAUGUGUUGUACAACUGUUUUAGUGAGAGCUCUUAAUGGUGAGGGCGGGGAAGAUGUUUACAUGUUGAUGCAUAAAGGCCACAGUAAGAAUAAAUAUAAUCAGUGUAUCCGAACUGAAGUUGCUCCAAAUUUCACUCAUGUUUACACUAAUAAACAGAGUAUGCAUGUUUCUAUCUGGUAAACUCCUGUGCAAAUAAGAGGGUUUGAAUGCUUCCAAGCUGUUAAACUUGAGAAGCACCUGGAAUUUCAUAUAUGGGAAUGGUUUACUAUAAAAGACCAGAUGUAGACUUUAAUAGGGUUACACACAAAUGAAAAAUUUUCCACUUUAUAGAGAAAUACAGGUUUGGUAAUGGCUGUUAAUUGUUAACAAUUAACAAGAUGCAGAACUUGAGACUGCUACCGUUGAGAAAAUGAAAGGCUCAGUAUUUCUAACUCACACUAAAAAAAGAAGGAUUCAAUGACAUCUACCAGCUUCCAUCACUCAUUUAUGGAGUGUAUUUGAUACCCUUUUAGAGAAGUACUCUGAAGUUCAAAGCACAUCCCUGUUAGAGUAGUUAUCCAGUACUACCACUUUUUUUUCCAGGUUGUUUAAGGCACAGAAUUUGCAAAACAGAAGUACAUCUCCUCCAACUCUGCCUGUGGUCCCUUAACUCGAAGGGCAAAGUACAUGGCACUAUUACAAACAAACAAAACCCAAGAAAACCCUGAACACAACAGGAUGUAGUGUGGUGUGUUUCCCCUCAGUCACAUCUUAAGGACAGUCAGUCAGCUCUCUUUGUGCUGGACUUGGCAUAUUACCAAGUCCAGAUACAGUUUCCAUUGAGCAAUGUCAGUUACAGACAGUGAUCAACUUACUGCAUCCAGAUAACCAGAUUCAAUCAAGAAUCCUUGCUAAAAUUAAUUUUGGAAGAAAAGAACUUUUAGAGUUUGUGUAAGUAGGUAAUUCAGGUUUCAUAUCCAAUUUAUUUACCCUAUGUUAUGAACCUUUGUUUUCUAGUACAUUGC